AUGUCGAAUGAUACAAUGCAUGCAGGAGAUCCCAGCUUCGAGACUGUACCCAACGAAUUAGGUGACCCAAAACCAUCUGAGCCAGCACAAGCGCCCGAUAGCCAGCAGCCUUACCGUCUAGCAACCAGUGGCCGCCAGCCGAGGACAGACUCGCGAGCAGCUAGCGAUAGUCGCCAGAAUGACACUUCCUUGACCUCACCCUGGGGAGCAACGGGGACCAGUAUCGUGUCGGGAUCACACCUUUCAGCGUCACAGACAACGGUGGAGCGGCGCCCAACAGUCCAGGAGACCCCACAAGGCCAAGGUCCCUCGCUCGUGACACAAGUCAUUCAACAGGAUAGAAUCAUCACCUCCGCUAACCUUCCGAACGGCGACGAACCCACGGCUGGACAAGGGGAAGCUGCCCAGGAUUUCGAAGAGAUGGAAGCACACCGAAUUCGUGGUGAUGCCUGGGAGCGGCGGAGUCCUCAAUUGCCAUCCUGGACGAAGGAGUUGGAUCGUGACGCGAGUCUGUUAGCAAGGACCGCCAUGUCCCAUGCAGGGCUCGCACGUUCGGGGCCUUCCAACAGGGCGUCUGGCGGUCCGCAAGCGCCACCUCCGACGGCAAACCUCGCACCAGGAACCGUCGUUGGAAGCCACCACAUGCACCAUCGGCCGAGCGCGCUGCGUACGGACCAUUAUGCGCAUGACUUCACACAUGCACAGGCAUACUGGGCGCAAGCACGGGCAUACUGCGCACGAGCACGGGCAUACAACGCACAGGCACGGGCAUACUGCGCACAAGUGCGGGUGCAUUGCGCACGUGUGCUGGCGCAUCGAGCACAUGUGCAGGCCCAUCGCGCAUACUUGCAGGCGCAAGCGAUGGGGACACGCCCCGGCGACGCACUACCCCAGGCCACGCCCGGGCCAGAGACACGAACAGCCACCACCAGCACCACCACUACCACCACGCAGCACGACGGUGAUGGAAGCCGGUGGGCGCUCGGAAAGCGAAAGCGCACGGCUGAGGAAGAAGACGAGGAGCUCUGGGCGGAUCUCUAG